GCGGAGAGAGUGAGCAGGCGGCAGGCGGCAGGCGGCAGGCGGCGACGGCGGCGGCGGCGGCGGCGGGCCGGACGGGCGGCACGGAGGGAGGGAGCGAGCGAGCAGUGAGUGUACCAGCGAGGGCGGCCCGGUCCCCAGGGCAGCCGAGAUUCCUCAGGUCCCUCUGGCCCCCUCCCCGGAGUCCACAGCGUCUCCGGUCUCCAGCGGAGCGGACACGGCCCGGCCUGACCAUGGCCUCGUUGCUGAAGGUGGAUCAGGAAGUGAAGCUCAAGGUUGAUUCUUUCAGGGAGCGGAUCACAAGUGAGGCAGAAGACUUGGUGGCAAAUUUUUUCCCAAAGAAGUUGUUAGAACUUGAUAGUUUUUUGAAGGAGCCAAUCCUAAACAUUCAUGACCUAACUCAGAUCCAUUCGGACAUGAAUCUCCCAGUCCCUGACCCCAUUCUUCUCACCAAUAGCCAUGAUGGACUGGAUGGUCCCACUUAUAAGAAGCGAAGGUUGGAUGAGUGUGAAGAGGCCUUCCAAGGAACCAAGGUGUUUGUGAUGCCCAAUGGGAUGCUAAAAAGCAACCAGCAGCUGGUGGACAUUAUUGAGAAAGUGAAACCUGAGAUCCGGCUGCUGAUCGAGAAAUGUAACACGGUCAAAAUGUGGGUACAACUCCUAAUUCCCAGGAUAGAAGAUGGGAACAACUUUGGGGUGUCCAUUCAGGAGGAGACAGUUGCAGAACUAAGAACUGUUGAGAGUGAAGCCGCAUCUUAUCUGGACCAGAUUUCUAGAUAUUAUAUUACAAGAGCCAAAUUGGUUUCUAAAAUAGCUAAAUAUCCCCAUGUGGAGGACUAUCGGCGCACAGUGACAGAGAUUGAUGAGAAAGAAUACAUCAGCCUUCGGCUCAUUAUAUCAGAGCUGAGGAAUCAAUAUGUCACUCUACAUGACAUGAUCCUGAAAAAUAUCGAAAAGAUCAAACGGCCCCGGAGCAGCAAUGCAGAGACACUGUACUGAGGCCAGGGCCAGGGCCAAGGGACUCUGUGAGUCUGGCUCAAGACCGACAUUGCCUUGGUUUGUUACAUGACUAUCGUGAUGGGGAAACUGGCUGGAAAUAGUAAUCACACCUCUCUGUUUUUAGUUAGAGUCUAAUGAAACUCUCAUCUAGUUCUGUGACGUGUUUACCUCUUUUUUCAGGCCUCAGGAACUCUUCUAUUUCCUUCCCAAAUACCCCACAUCCAACCUGUCCUAAUUUCUGGAGAACUCCAGGUUUGUGUGUGCAGGAUGUUGGCACAAGAGUGCCUGUGUUUUCUCUCCCCCUCUCUCCUUCCUGUGUCUUGGGCUUUGUGUUUUCUUCCUUUUGAUGAUUAGUUGGUUAGAAGCUAAGGGAACUGGAAGGAAAGUGGUAGGUGUUUUUUAGGGACUGGGGUGGUGGAGGGGACCAGCUCCUCUCUUCCUGAUGUAAAGUUAGUGUCUCUUGCCUCUGUGGGACAUUGGAUCCUCCCCGCCACAGUUGCCCUGGUGAUGACUUAGGGUUUCCCAUCUACAUACAUCCCACUUUGAACUUGAUCGUGACAAGAAGCACCUUAGGCCUUCAACUGAGUCCCUAACUCCUUCAGAUAUUUUUACAAGUGGGGUUUUCACAUACACGUGUGUAUGUUCAUGUACACACAGACACACACACACACACCUUCCUACUCUGUUACCUAACAUACUCUCCCCCCUCCACAAUUCCUGUCACACACAUACCUUUCGGGAGGUGAUAGUUGUCUUAGUCAUCCACCCAGACAAAAGUCCUGGGCCCAUCCUCCCUUCUGAUAUUGUAGCUUCUUGGUGCCCAAGGUGAGUUGAAGGAGAACCAAGAGAUGAGAAGCAGAGGGACUGGGGAAGGCCUCUUCCUCUGUGACACACAUUCUUUUCGGCAUUAUUGCAAAGGCUCGUCCUCUGACUCCUGCUUGGUUUUUCCCAGGCCAGUUAUAAAUUGGGGUGGGAGUGUCUGCUACUGUGAGGUCCACAUGCUACUGCUCCUGUUGGGCUUUCCCUUCGGGAAAUAUUUCUCUUAUUUAUAGUAUUGUGCUUCCAGGGAAAGCAGUCAUUUCUGUGUGUGUGUGUGUGUGUGUGUGUGGAAAUACACUGGGCAGGUCAAAACCAUAGAAGAGUUGCCUCUUAUCUCUUGAAUCUUCCAGAGGUAUCACUUAUUGUUACAACUUUUGUGUUUACUCUCAUCAGCCCCCAGCUUUUUUAUUCUACCACUACUGGAGAGUCGAUAUCUGCAGUCAGCCUGCCAGUGACUCUUGGUGUCUCUUUCUGACUUUUAUUCUUCCCUGUCUCAGUCUUCCAACCCCCAAUCAUAUUUCCACCCAGAAUGCUCAUUUUUACUCCCAAUAUUCUAUAGAGAAGGAGUCAGGAUGCUAUCUUCCCAUGAAUAAUACUCAGUAACAAACCAAUUGCAUUUUAGUUGGGCAAUGCCCCUACCCACCCUCCAGAUCCUUUCCAGCUAAAACCCUACCCUCCUCCCACCAUGUGUUUCUCAGUUUCCUUUUUUGUUUGUUGAAUUUUUCCACUGCCCUUCCACGUCACCCUAACACCCUUGGAUCAUAAUGUAAAAUUCUUUUACCUUGUCAAGAAAUUAUUAAAAAUACAGGUACUUUGACCUCUUUCUAAAA